GUUGAAGCAGCGACUCACUUGCCCUGAGGGCCACGCUUCUUAUGACGUCGCUCGUAUGUGCAAUUCAGAUCGCUAAUAGUACAGCAUCGACAUGGUUGGCUGCCAGAGCACUGAGAAUGGUUUCAACAACGUGAAAGACAACCCGGUCAAACCUUUGUCCGCCGAAUGUAACAAGCAUCACAGGCUUUUGUCAUGAUGCACAACAGCUGUUUGACACUUUCACGCAAGCUGGCUGCUCAUCCUGAGAAAGCCAUAGGGGACCGCUGCAGCUGAAAGUCGAAGAGGAUCAUCGCGAACCUCGGCAGAUGCAAAGAACAGCGUUACAAUUUUGAUGCACGUUUCCCCAAGUCCGAAGAUCCGCCGGUUCUCGCCCGGUUGCUCGGGGUUACCAUGGUUAAAUCAAGGUCGAUCCUUGGACUAAAGCUGGUCUUCUGGUAGCAUCUGCAAUGUGAUUUGCAUCAAAUGCAAGUUCGAAUCAUCGAACCAACUUCCGACUGUACUUCUGAACCAUACAAAGCUGUCCAAUUUGUAACUUCGGUCCCCAUUUGCUCUUUUCAAACAAUCACAAUGGCCAUCUGUACAGCCCUGCGCGUACCUGAGCCUGCAGUGAAGGGUGUGAGAGGCUCACGACAUUCAGAUGACAUGGAUCUGAAGGCCGCCAGUGCUCAGACGAGCACUAGGAAGCGGCCAGAGGUCUAUCCCAACACUGAUCGGCCGAAUGUGGCGCAGAUUAGACAAUACUUCAAGACAGCUCACGAGGAUGAUGAUACCAUAUUCGUUUCGGCUCACCGCGGAUUCACUGAGAGGGGAGUGGUGGAGAAUACAUUUCCCGCCAUCCUCAAAGCUGCAGGUAUGGGGGCCAUGUCCGUCGAAAUCGACAUCCGCCUCACUGCAGAUGGAGUUCCAGUCUGUCUUCACGAUGAUGGUCUGGGACGAGUGACCAACAUCGGAGAGGUCCAUGGCCGGAAAGACAUUUAUGACCCGCUUACAGGCCAGGGCUACAAUCCCCUCGCUUCCUCCAUACCUUGGCAUGGAGCAGCAGAGCAUCUGAGACUUAAGGAUCACCUAGGUGAUCUGACUUCUGUCCCAAUCAUGACACUGGAGUCAAUGGUGAGAGACAUCAUCGACUCAGGUAUUCAGGUCAUGGUCCUGCUUGACAUAAAAUUAAAAGACGUGAUGGAACCAGCAUACGAGGUGAUCAGACGCUUCGUUGACAGAAAUGGGCAGUCUGCACUUGCUUGGUGCAUAUUCAAGCCAGACAUCACAUUCUGCCCUACUCCUCAAAGCCUCCGUGAAGAGCAGUGGCUUGGGCGGGCUGCCGCCCGUGGUGACGUGAUCACGUGGAUACCAGUCUUUGAUAUCGCAUCACCAGUGCCUGCGGGCCUACAGAUGCUUGAUCUAGUCAAACUCUGGGCAGCCGAACCCAAUACUUUAGCUCUCGAACUGGGAUUACGCCACAAAGGCGGCCCGCUCCAAGAGGUGGUCGAUUGGGCAAUAGAAGGGGGUACAGAUCUUAGACUAGGAUUCUAUGGGGCUUUUGGCGAUGAGUGGCUAGAGAAGGAUCCUCGCUGUCCCGAGAGUUCCGCUCCUUUGGUGGUUUGGGAAGAUCAUCCACCGACCAGCUUUGACGGCAUCUUGCAAUCCAAGGGGAUUAGUGGAGGCGACCGAAGGGGAGAUCUUGAACUGUUCUGGGGUCUAGGCUUUUCUUGGAUCAUCUCGGAUCACGUCAAACAAUCUGCCAAGUUGGUUGUAGAGCAGUCUAGGCUGGGGGACCGUAUCGCACUAUAACACGCACACAGUGGAGGAGAUUCCGAGACAAAAUUCAGUAGGGGAGUCUGAUCAUGCGUUUAGAGUACA